AUGAAAUCCUUCGAAGAGUGUUGCGAGGAGUGUCAAGAGCAGAAUCCCUUCUUUCGCCUCGGUGGUAAUGUAGUGGGUAAGUUCGCCUACACGAGAGACACACCGUUCAUUCAGCCCUUCGAAAGCAUCGAGAGCCCUUGGACGGACUACAUUAAGAGCGACAGCCUCGAGACAAACAUAAAGAAGUUGUAUAAGUUGGCUCAGAAGUAUUCGAAAAGCCAGACUGAGAAAGACAAGAAGGCGGAGGAGGAAUCACCGGGAGAGGAAGAGGAAGAGGAAGUUAAGCCAAAGCCAAAAGCAACCGCAAGGAAAGAGAAAGCAAGCGCAAAAGCAGCCGCACCGAGGCCAAAAGCUAAAGGAAAAGAAAAAACGCCUCAAACGGCUUAUGCUGGGGACACGAUCUCCAUUACCCUUCCUGAGAACAGCAUCGUGAACCUGGAUGCUUUCACGCUGUAUGCUGGCCUGAACACACCCAUUGGAACAUGCCCACCAAGGCACGUCGAGUCUUUGAUUGAUCAGGUCACGGUGCUCGUGAACGGUAUUGCUGUUGCUCCCGGAGCUCAAAUGACCAACUUCCUGUCGACCGCUCUCAUCGAUUGGUAUGGUGCUGACAAGAUCGCUCAGAGGCAGAUUGUGCAGCAGAGGCUGAGCAACGGAGGGGUUAAGAUCCCCUUCAAGUAUUACUUGAACUUCCAGGGCAACGCCGGUACUGCUGCGCAGAACCUGAGAAUGACCGUCAGCUCUCAAAGCGUCGACGGUAUCUGGGCUACCUUCCAGGACUCGGGCACUUACACCACAAAUGCUACCGAUGCGGUUCUCCGCAACACUGCUUACUUCACGAGGAAGGGCACGAACGUGACGGACUCCGUCUUCUCAGUGAAUGGAGUCCGCUUCCCAUCCCUCCCCCUUACACCCAGUCAGAUCUGGAUGGAGAAUUUGCACAACAUGGGUCUGUCUGCGGACAUUGUUGGUGCGAUGGACACCUCCCUGAACUCCCUGACAAAGUUCACCCAAAACGGUUUCUUCCACUAUUUCAAGUUCAACGUGGACAACGAUGAGAGCACGGCCAGGCUCAGCUCUGGACUGGACACCCGUGGUUCGGCUUCCACGAUCACCUGGCAGACGACUGGUGGGGGCUCUAGUACCUACCUGCCGACGGUCUUCGUGGAGUGCACGGGAAUUAUGGAGAUGUCUGACACGUCUAUAGAGCCCAUCGAAGAGGUUGCGGAAACCGUCGAAGAAACAGUGGAAGCUCCCGCCGCAGCCGCGACAGGGAAGGUUAAGAAGCCCUGCAGCCCAGAAAAGCUAAAGCAGAUGGCUUUAAUGCGCGAGAAAGCCAAGCUAAAAAAACAAGCAAUGAAGGAACUUACCGAGAAGGAAAAAGCCCUAAAGCAGAAAACAUUCGAAGAGCGAGUUAAGAAGGUGCAAGCUUUGGAGAAGGCAUUUGAACCUGAACCUAAACCUAAACCUAAACCUGAACCAAAGGCACCCGAGCCUGCGCCUUUAGAGGAAUCUGAGGCAGAAGUUGAGGUGGUCAAAGUUAAAAAAGUAAAGAAACCUAAAAAGGUUAAGAAGGUCAUUUAUGAGUCUGAUUCAGAUUCGUCUGCAUCUUCCGAGAGCGACGAUGAUGCUCCAUAUGUUCAGCGCAAGCAAAAAAGAAGAUUUCAGAAGACUGUCCGAAAGGAGGUAGCCAAGGAGAUGGCUAAGUUAACUGCUGCCAGACCAACACAACGAGACAUUAUGCAGGUUGCUGCUCGUGACGAACUUAACUCGAAGGUUUCGAAGGCGAUGCGGGAGAUGGCGAUGCGAUCGGUGUUUCCUGAAUAG